AUGGCUGUGAGCAUGGAUGAUGACGUUCCCCUCAUCCUCACCCUGGAUGACAGUGGAAGCAGCACCUCGGCCCCUCUAGAUGACCUGGAUCGGGAGGAGCUGCCUAAUGAAAAUGGAGGUACCUAUGAUGUUGUUAAUGACGCAUCCAGCCCUGCUGCGGGGGACUGCUGCGCACAGCAAAGCUCUGCCCAGCACAACUGGGAAAUGAACUACCAAGAGGCAGCAAUCUACCUCCAGGAAGGAGAAAAUAAUGAUAAGUUCUUCACUCACCCCAAAAAUGCCAAAGCACUUGCUGCCUACCUCUUUGCACACAAUCACCUUUUCUACCUAAUGGAGCUGAGCACAGCACUGCUUCUCCUGUUGCUGUCUCUCUGCGAGGCACCAGCUGUUCCUAUGCUCCGUCUUGGCAUCUUUGUCCAUGCAACCCUGGAGCUGUUUGCGUUAAUUGUGGUAGUCUUUGAACUCUCGAUGAAGAUGAGGUGGCUGGGCUUCCAAACCUUUAUCAGGCACAAAAGGACUAUGGUAAAGACUUGCGUGCUGUUUGUACAGUUCAUAGAGGCCAUCGUGGUGUUGGUGCGCCAAACCUCGCACGUCCGGAUAACGAGAGCUCUGCGCUGUAUCUUUUUGGUGGACUGCCGUUAUUGUGGUGCUGUCAGAAGAAAUCUGCGACAGAUCUUCCAGUCCCUCCCACCAUUUAUUGACAUUCUUCUCCUCCUGCUUUUCUUCAUGGUGAUUUUUGCCAUCCUGGGUUUUUACUUGUUUUCUCCUAACCACUCGGAUCCGUACUUCAAUACCUUAGAGAACAGCCUCGUGAAUCUAUUUGUGCUUUUGACCACUUCAAAUUUCCCUGAUGUGAUGAUGCCAUCUUAUGCCCGGAACCCCUGGUCCUGUGUCUUCUUCAUAGUGUACCUCUCCAUUGAGCUAUACUUCAUCAUGAACUUGCUUCUCGCUGUUGUGUUCGACACUUUCAAUGACAUCGAGAAGAGGAAGUUUAAGUCCUUGCUGCUGCACAAGCGCACGGCCAUACAGCAUGCCUACCGCUUGCUGAUCACCAAACAGAGGCCGUCUGGAAUUUCCUUCAAGCACUUUGAAGGGCUGUUGCGGUUUUACAAGCCUCGGAUGUGUGCCAGAGAGCGAUAUCUCACUUUCAAAGCACUGAAUCAAAGCAAUACUCCUCUAGUCAGUCUAAAGGAUUUUUACAAUUUCUAUGAAGUUGUUGGCUUAAAAUGGAAGGCAAAACGAAAUCGCGAGCACUGGUUUGAUGACCUUCCACGGACAGCAUUCCUUAUUUUUAAAGGCAUCAACAUCCUUGUGAACUCCCGCGUGUUCCAAUACACCAUGUAUACCGUGGUGGCUGUGAAUGGAAUUUGGAUUCUUGUUGAAACCUUCAUGCUGCAAGGAGGGAAUUUCUUUUCCAGAAACGUCCCGUGGAGCUACAUAGUCUUCCUCACAAUCUAUGGCGUGGAGCUGCUCCUGAAGACCACUGGACUGGGGCCCGUUGAGUACCUGUCCUCGGGUUGGAAUCUCUUUGACUUCUCAGUCACCCUGUUUGCAUUUUUGGGGCUCAUGGCACUGGCAUUUAACAUGGAGCCAUUCUACUUCAUUGUGGUCUUGCGACCUCUUCAGCUGCUGAGGCUCUUUAAAUUGAAGAAACGCUACAGAAAUGUCCUGGACACUAUGUUUGAGUUGUUCCCCCGGAUGGCCAGCCUGGGUUUAACCCUGCUGAUCUUCUACUAUUGCUUUGCCAUUGUUGGCAUGGAGUUCUUUGCUGGCGUGGUCUACCCGAACUGCUGCAACACAAGCACAGUCGCAGAUUCCUACCGCUGGGUGAAUCACACAGUUGGCAACAAGACAGUUGUGGAAGAAGGUUAUUACUAUCUCAACAACUUCGACAACAUUUUGAACAGCUUUGUCACGCUGUUUGAGCUGACAGUUGUAAAUGACUGGUACAUCAUCAUGGAAGGGGUGACAUCCCAAACCACUCACUGGAGCCGUCUUUACUUCAUGAUCUUCUAUAUUGUGACCAUGGUGGUGAUGACAAUCAUCGUGGCUUUUAUUCUGGAUGCUUUCGUCUUCCGCAUGAACUACACUCGGAAGAACCAAGAUUCAGAAGAAGACAACGGCAUUGUGCUGGAGAAGGAGAUCUCCAAGGAGGAAGUGGUUGGCAUAAUUGAGCUGUACAAGCGGAGUUCAGCUGCCGCUGAAACUGCUCAGCUGCAGAAGAUGGUUUUGCAGAUGGAUAAAUAUGGNCAAAUGUCAACACUGUUUCUGGGACGCAGAUCGAGGACCAAGAGUGAUUUAAGUAUGAAGAUGUAUGAGGAGGAGAUACAGGAAUGGUAUGAGGAGCAUUCCAGAAAAGAGGAAUCUCAGACACCGUUGCAAGAGCCUGUAUCUGCUUCCAACAGCUCUCUGAAGCCCCUGAGCCUCCGACAACGCUCCCAGACUGUCAUUUAG